ACCUCAACAUUUUGGAUGUAAUCCAGGAAGCAAAUCAAGGAAGCAUGAAAUGAUUCUUCAAAAAGAGCUGAAUGUUUUUAAAUGCUUUGGUUUGGCUGGAAUUAAGAGUAAAACAUAUCUUCAAAAUCUAUGUUUUUGUUCAUCAACGAGAAAUAAAGACAAGCAGACAAGCAGUCAAUCGCUCAAUGAUCAUGAGAACAGCAAAGUGGGUGGAGAACAACUUGAACCAGACCACAGCUGCAUCAAAUUAACUGGAAAUUGGGAACAUGAAUGCAAAACAGCUGUGCUCAGCAACAUGCUUGUGUUCCGAAACUUCAUUUCUGAGGCCGAGGAAGAAGGCAUCAUGGCAGAAAUCGGUCCGUAUCUGCGAAGGAUGAGAUAUGAAUUCGAUCAUUGGGAUGAUGCGAUUCACGGAUUUCGGGAGACGGAGCGGCUCCACUGGCGUCCGCAGAACGAGCGGGUGCUGGAGCGGGUGCGGCACCUCGCGAUGCCACCUGGCACACCUCCGCUGAAGCACGUCCAUGUGCUGGACCUGGCCGCCGACGGCGUCAUCAAGCCGCACGUCGACAGCACCCGGUUCUGUGGCAGCGUUAUCGCGGGCGUCAGCCUGCUGUCGGACGCCGUAAUGAGACUGGUGAGCUGCGCAGAGCCGACGCGCCGCCUGGACGCGCUGCUGCCGCGGCGCUCGCUCUACAUAAUGCGGCACACGGCGCGCUACGACUACACGCACGAAGUGCUGUCAGAAGCGGAGUCGCGCUUCGCCGGCCAGUUGGUGCCGAGGAGCCGACGGAUCUCCAUCAUCUGCCGCAACGAGCCAGCGCCGACCGCCGCCGACCAGUGACCGGGCCGCCGCCGCGCCGGUGUAUCGCUCUCGUCUUUGUUGUCGCUGUUUCGGGUGCCGUUGUGACCUGUUUCGGGUGCCGUUGUGACCUGUUUCGGGUGCCGUUGUGACUUGUGUCGGGUGCCAUUGUGACUUGUUUCGUGUGCUGUUGUGACUCCGAAUGGAUAGCCGUAGAAAGAUGAGGGAAACGGCAAUUGCGUGCUUUUAAGAAUAUAUAAACCUAAUGCA